ACUGCACUCGCUUAUACCACAAAAACUCAGCAGCCAGCAAGCAAACGCAAGCAAAUACAUGCUUACGACUGGCAAGUUGAAGUUUUUGGAUUUCUGAGUUCUUUCGCCAAAACUUUCGCCCUUCGUUCACAUUUUUUUUUCUUUCGUUUUUUGGUUCGUUCGUUCGGAGUCCUCUCGAAUUAGCAGCAAACGGAAUGAAACUUUUACUUUCCAUUGAGAAACUGUGCAGGCAGCUUCCAAUGAUCCUGUUCCUGCUCUUUGCCCUGGCCUUGAUGCCAGCUAAAGCCAGUCCGGAUGAAGCAAGACACACCGUUGCAUCCGUAUCCGUAGCGCAUUCGAGUUACUGCCAGCGAUUUCACGAAGAAAUCAAAGUCUCGAGGCCACUAUGUGAACAGGAUACCAUAAUUCCACUCAUGGUGAAGCGCUGCUACUUCAGCUGCACGUCAGCCAAUCGUCUGAGCGUCACGGGAUGCAAAGCCCAACUGGUAGGAAGUAUUAUAUACCCCAGGUGCAACGAUAUCUUCUGCCAAACCGCCGGAUCAGGUACAACCUCCAUUCCGACUGCUAGACCGCCACUCACGACCCUGACCACUUUACCAAAGACAACUGCGACCACGCCGAUCACAACCGAGCCUCAACCCUCUACAGAGUCACCUUCCUCGACAACCACUUCUGAAACUAGCUCAACAGUAUCGUCUGAGGGAACAACAACUUCUUCAGAUUCUACAGAUUCCUCUGAAAGUACAACAACUUCUUCAGGAUCUUCUGAUAGCUCAACAUCUACUUCGGAAUCUCCUGAUAGCUCAACAUCUACCUCAGAAUCUUCUGAUAGCACAUCCUCCACUUCGGAAUCUCCUGAUAGCUCAACAUCUACUUCAGAAUCUUCUGAUAGCUCAACAUCUACCUCAGAAUCUUCUGAUAGCACAUCCUCCACUUCGGAAUCUCCUGAUAGCUCAACAUCUACUUCGGAAUCUCCAGAUAGCUCGACAUCUACCUCAGAAUCUCCUGAUAGCUCAACAUCUACUUCAGAAUCUUCUGAUAGCACAUCCUCCACUUCGGAAUCUCCUGAUAGCUCAACAUCUACUUCAGAAUCUUCUGAUAGCUCAACAUCUACCUCAGAAUCUUCUGAUAGCACAUCCUCCACUUCGGAAUCUCCUGAUAGCUCAACAUCUACUUCAGAAUCUUCUGAAAGCUCAACAUCUACCUCAGAAUCUCCUGAUAGCUCGACAUCUACUUCAGAAUCUUCUGAUAGCACAUCCUCCACUUCGGAAUCUCCUGAUAGCUCAACAUCUACUUCAGAAUCUUCUGAUAGCUCAACAUCUACCUCAGAGUCUUCUGAUAGCACAUCCUCCACUUCGGAAUCUCCUAAUAGCUCGACAUCUACUUCAGAAUCUUCUGAUAGCACAUCCUCCACUUCGGAAUCUCCUGAUAGCUCAACAUCUACUUCAGAAUCUUCUGAAAGCUCAACAUCUACCUCAGAAUCUCCUGAUAGCUCGACAUCUACUUCAGAAUCUUCUGAUAGCACAUCCUCCACUUCGGAAUCUCCUGAUAGCUCAACAUCUACUUCAGAAUCUUCUGAUAGCUCGACAUCUACCUCAGAAUCUUCUGAUAGCACAUCCUCCACUUCGGAAUCUCCUGAUAGCUCGACAUCUACUUCAGAAUCUUCUGAUAGCACAUCCUCCACUUCGGAAUCUCCUGAUAGCUCAACAUCUACUUCAGAAUCUUCUGAUAGCUCAACAUCUACCUCAGAAUCUUCUGAUAGCACAUCCUCCACUUCGGAAUCUCCUAAUAGCUCGACAUCUACUUCAGAAUCUUCUGAUAGCACAUCCUCCACUUCGGAAUCUCCUGAUAGCUCAACAUCUACUUCAGAAUCUUCUGAUAGCUCAACAUCUACCUCAGAAUCUCCUGAUAGCUCAACAUCUACUUCAGAAUCUCCUGAUAGCACAUCCUCCACUUCGGAAUCUCCUGAUAGCUCAACAUCUACCUCAGAAUCUUCUGAUAGCACAACCUCCACUUCGGAAUCUCUUGAUAGCUCAACAUCUACUUCAGAAUCUUCUGAUAGCUCAACAUCUACCUCAGAAUCUCCUGAUAACUCGACAUCUACUUCAGAAUCUUCUGAUAGCACAUCCUCCACUUCGGAAUCUCCUGAUAGCUCAACAUCUACUUCAGAAUCUUCUGAUAGCACAUCCUCUACUUCGGAAUCUCCUGAUAGCUCGACAUCUACUUCAGAAUCUCCUGAUAGCUCAACAUCUACCUCAGAAUCUCCUGAUAACUCGACAUCUACUUCAGAAUCUUCUGAUAGCACAUCCUCCACUUCGGAAUCUCCUGAUAGCUCAACAUCUACCUCAGAAUCUUCUGAUAGCACAACCUCCACUUCGGAAUCUCCUGAUAGCUCAACAUCUACUUCAGAAUUUUCUGAUAGCUCAACAUCUACUUCAGAAUCCUCUGAAAGCACUUCCUCCACUUCGGAAUCUCCUGAUAGCUCAACAUCUACUUCAGAAUCUUCUGAUAGCACUUCCUCCACUUCGGAAUCUCCUGAUAGCUCAACAUCUACUUCAGAAUCUCCUGAUAGCUCGACAUCUACUUCAGAACCUUCUGAUAGCUCAACAUCUACCUCAGAAUCUCCUGAUAGCUCGACAUCUACUUCAGAAUCUUCUGAUAGCACAUCCUCCACUUCGGAAUCUCCUGAUAGCUCAACAUCUACCUCAGAAUCUUCUGAUAGCACAACCUCCACUUCGGAAUCUCCUGAUAGCUCAACAUCUACUUCAGAAUCAUCUGAUAGCACUUCCUCCACUUCUGAAUCUUCUGAUAGCUCAACAUCUACUUCGGAGUCUUCUACUUCAGAAUCAUCUGAUAGCUCAACAUCUACUUCAGAAUCUCCUGAUAGCUCAACAUCUACUUCAGAAUCAUCUGAUAGCACUUCCUCCACUUCGGAAUCUUCUGAUAGCUCAACAUCUACUUCGGAGUCUUCUGAUAGCUCAACAUCUACUUCAGAAUCAUCUGAUAGCUCAACAUAUACUUCAGAAUCAUCUGAUAGCACUUCCUCCACUUCGGAGUCUUCUGAUAGCUCAACAUCUACUUCAGAAUCAUCUGAUAGCACAUCCUCCACUUCGGAAUCUCCUGAUAGCUCAACAUCUACUUCAGAAUCUUCUGAUAGCACAUCCUCUACUUCGGAAUCUCCUGAUAGCUCGACAUCUACUUCAGAAUCUCCUGAUAGCUCAACAUCUACUUCAGAAUCAUCUGAUAGCUCAACAUCCACCUCGGAAUCUUCGGAUAGCUCAACAUCUACGGCGGAAGACACUACGGUGCCUGGUGACUCAACAUCAAGCAUAUCUGAGGAUUCAUCGUCGACUACUGAGGAGACAACAGUAUUGACUACAAUCAUUGGACCUUCUUCGGUUCAGGCGGACAGUUCAAGCACUUCGACAUGGACAACGACUGAAUCAGGCCGAACGCCGUACUGUAGAAUAGUAUGCGACUGAAAUACGAUUUCGACUUUGAUUUUUUUACAGAUUCCAAACGGAAUAUCGACGACGAAGAGUAACUUUGUUACGAGUAUCGGGCUAAGCGUACUAUAUGUUAUAAUCUUAGCUGUGUAUAAAUAUUGUAUUAUAUAUUACUUGGUGAUGGGACACAAAUAAAAUAAUCUACAAGCUGCAAUAUUUUAAGUUAUUAUAAGAAAUAAUUAUUGUUUACAAGCUUGCAUGUUGUUG